UUGUUUUGUUGCUCAUCUGUGUUAUCGCAACCUCUCCGCAGCAUCUUUAUCUGUUUUAUCUUCAAUGAUGCCAUUGGCAAUGAGCUAAAUUGAAUUCCCAACUUGCCUAUACCUGAGACAUCUUACGCUUAAUGGCUAGGAAAGGAAACCAACAAAAGAAUGGGUUAGAUCAGCAGUCACCAACCCAUAAAAGAGGACUUUCAGAUCCUCCUCCUUCACCUUUGACUACUAAAGAUAGAGAUCAUGUGAAUGACAAAGAGGUGGAUUUGGGCAAAGAUCUUCCAAAUGAUAGCCAUUCUAUGUCUUCCACAAAGAGCAUCAGUGACAUGGAUCAUGUCCAAGAUGGGAAAAAAAGUAAGAAAAAGUCUAGGAAGUCUCAAAGAAGAGAGAGAAAAAGUAUGGAUGAGACAGUUAAGGCCAAUGUGGUGCCAUGUAAUGGUGAUACUGAAGUAGACAAGAGCAAUAUAUCCACAGCUGAAGCUUCAAAUAUAGAAGAUAGAAGCGACUUGCCUCAUGUUCCUAUUUUAAAUAAUAUGAACAUUUUUGGGAACUUAUCUGAUACCCCGGAUACAGAAGAAGGGUUGGGAAAAGCGGAGUUCCCUGAGACAGUGGUUUUUAAAUACUUAAGGACUGCAGCCCUUUCUGUAGCAAGGUCCUCUGCCGACUGGGUAGUGAGACAUAAACCUACCUUUGUCGCCCUAAAAUCUAAGACACUAAAGGCCCGUGAUCAUGUCCGAAUGAAGAUCCAACGUGCACAACCUAUCAUAUUCAGGUGGAUUGUGCAUAUUGGGAAUAUACUGCUUCUUUUGUUUAUGGUCUGGUUGGACUGUGCUUUAAGGGGCAUUGAUUCCUUUCUGCGAAUGGGAACAACAUCAUUUUUCUCAGUUGUAUGGUGUAGUGUUCUUUCAGUAAUUGCCAUGGUUGGGAUUGCAAAGUUUCUACUUGCCCUGGCUGUAGCUGCUGCAGUUGGACUAUUUCUUGGGCUGACACUCACAGUUGUACUGACCGGCAUUGUUGGAUUGAUUUUCCUAUGGUUUUAUGGGAGCUUUUUGACAACGGGGUUUAUUAUCUUCCUUGGAGGAUUGGCAUUCACAACUACUCAUGAUCGCCUUGCACUCUUUAUUGCAAGUGCAUAUUCCAUAUAUUGUGCAUGGAAUUAUGUUGGAUGGCGUGGUUUAGUUUUGGGGUUAAACUUAUCAUUUAUAUCAAGUGAUGCUCUGUUAUUUCUCUUGAGGAACAUAAUAAAUGAGCAAAGAACACCAAACAGCUCCACAGAACAAGCAGCUGGAGUUCAAGGGCAGCCAUCCUCUUUUCCUAAUGAGUCAGUACAUUAUUCUCCCACUGACACUGAUGCUACUGGCAUACGGGCUGAUCGUAGCGCAGGAGCGCCUUCAACUAGUGGAUCUGAUUCUGAAAUGACAUCUGAAGAUGAAGUUGUUAGGUUGUUGAACUGUACAGAUCAUUAUGCAGCACUGGGCUUGUCCCGAUUUGAAAAUAUUGAUGUCUCAGUUAUCAAGAAGGAGUAUAGGAAAAAGGCAAUGCUUGUUCAUCCUGAUAAAAAUAUGGGCAAUGAAAAGGCUGCUGAAGCUUUCAAGAAGCUUCAGAAUGCUUAUGAGGUUUUGCUAGAUUCCUUCAAGCGCAAAGAAUAUGAUGAUGAGUUGAGAAGAGAAGAGCUGCUGAAUUAUUUCCGUAAAUUCCAGAAUACUUCCCAUGAGAAUAAGGGGCAUGGCUUCUUUAAGUCCAGCUUUACUCGUACAGAAGCUGACAGUGAGGACCUACUGGGAGAAUCUAGACGAAUUGCAUGCAAAAAGUGUGGCUUUUUUCAUUUAUGGGUUUGUACUAAAAAAUCAAAAUCAAGAGCAAGAUGGUGUCAGGAAUGCAAAGAUUUCCAUCAGGCCAAGGAUGGGGAUGGAUGGGUCGAGCAGUCCUCACAACCCUUUCUCUUUGGAUUACUCCAGCAGGUUGGAGCUCCCUCUGCGUAUGUGUGUGCUGAUGGCAAGGUGUAUGAUGCAACUGAGUGGUACAUUUGUCAGGGACUGAGAUGUCCUGUCAAUACUCACAAGCCAACCUUUCAUGUGAACACAAGCGUCACCUCAAAGAACGGCCAUGGGAAGGCAACUAAUUCAGGACAAAAGGGUGGGAUUCCAGCACCUAAGAUGGAAGAGACAAUGACGGAGGAGGAAUUCUUGGAAUGGUUACAAAACGCAGUCCAAAGUGGGAUGUUUGAGACUUUUCAAGGCAGUACAUCCGAGAGUCCUACCGGGUUUAGCCCCAAGAACAGUGGCGGCAGCAGCAGCAGCAGUGCUAGUAGCAAGAAAAAGAAAAAGGGAAAGAAGCAAUGGUGAUUAUAUUUGCUCUCUUGCCCACCAAUCCAAAAUACUUUACAUUUCUUAUUUGUAGGCCAAAUAGAGGUGUACUAAACACAACACAAGGCCAAGUUAAUUGUAUACCUACCUACUUCCUAGUGAGAUGAAUUGAAUUCUUACUCUUGAGCUCGCAUCAAUCAAGAGAUUGUACAGCAUUUUGCCUAAAAAUCGUCCCGUGGACGGAUUUGCCCACAAGAUGGGCAUGAAA